CCCUUCAAGCAUUUCCAAACAACAAAACAUACUGGCUUCUCAUAUAGCGAGUGACACGCAUAAACAUACAGAUACAUUGAGCCGCGAGAGUAUAAUCUGGAAAUGGCAAGUCCAAGAGUGUUAGGGACUGCUUUCCUGGUCUUGCUUAUUGUAGACCUCACCCUUGCUGCUAGGACACUGCAGGCAACCAGUGGAGGUGGAGGUGGGGGGCAGGGAGGAGGAGGAGGUGGAGGUGGUGGUUCAGGACUUGGGUCAGGUUACGGUUCUGGGUAUGGAUCCGGGAGCGGUGAAGGAUAUGGUGCUGGCGGUCGUGGAGGAGGAGGUGGUGGAGGCAGUGGCGGAGGUGGAGGUGGUGGCAGUGGUGGAGGCAAUGGGUCAGGUUCUGGCUAUGGGUCUGGUAGCGGCUCAGGCUAUGGUUCUGGUAGUGGGAUAGGUGGUGGUGAAGGUGGUGGUGGUGGCGGCGGCAGUGGAGGAGGUGGCGGUGGCGGUCAAGGCUCUGGAUCUGGAAGUGGGUCGGGCUAUGGAAGCGGAAGUGGAAGCGGUAGCGGAAGUGGUGGUGGAAAGGGUGGGAAAGGAAGUGGAGGAGGAGGAGGUGGAGGUGGUGGUGGUGGUGGGGGUGGAGGAGGAGGAUCCGGCUCUGGCUCAGGUUAUGGUAGCGGGUCCGGCUACGGGGAGGGAUAUGGAGGAGGGAAAAGCUAAGUCUCGUUUUCUUUUCUUCGACCAGCACUGACCCAUUGGUCAAAAUAAAGGAUGCACACACAGUGGUUACCAUUUCUUUUGUAUUCUGAAAUAAAAUUAUGGGAGCUCACACAUGCAUGCAUGUAGCAUGUUGCCAUGACAACUAUGCAUGUAUUUCUAUAUAUAAAUCUCUUAAUAAAAUCACUUUUUAGAGUACAAUUUACUCUAAAAGUAUAUUUUUCAGAUAA